AUGUCUACACUUUUAAGUCAAGUUUUUCAAAAAUGUCACGAAAAAAAGCGUCCAGUGUUCGUUGCCUUUGUGACUGCGGGAUACCCCGACCCCGAAGAGACCGUCGAUAUUCUACUUGGACUUGAAGAGGGUGGUGCCGAUAUAAUCGAAUUUGGUUUUCCUUUCACCGAUCCCUUAGCUGACGGACCGGUCAUACAGGAAUCCAACAAUGUUGCUCUUAAACAUAAUGUUGAUAUUCCACAAUGUUUAUCAUUCGUUUCUCAAGCAAGAGCCCGUGGUCUUAAGGCACCUGUACUGUUUAUGGGCUAUUAUAAUCCGAUCUUAAGUUAUGGGGAGCAAAAGAUAGUGGAGGAAUGUAAAAAAGUUGGAGUCAAUGGUUUUAUUAUAGUUGAUUUGCCACCAGAAGAGUCUGAUGUCUUUAGAGAGAUUUGUGCACGUAAUGGGAUGGGAACAACAGGCUUUCGUUCCGAGGUUAAUCGUGAGCUACCAAGUCUUAUUUCCAGAAUUCGUGAACAUACAAACUUACCUCUAGCUGUUGGAUUUGGAGUCUCGACAAGAGAACAUUUUGAACUUGUCGCAUCAUAUGCUGAAGGUGUUGUAAUUGGCACUAAAAUUAUUCAUGUUCUGAAAGAGGCCGAAAAGGGGAAGCGUGCCGAAUGUGUAAAAGCAUAUGCAUCUCAAGUAUGCGGUUUAUCCGAUAGAGCUAUUACGGAAGAUAACAUUUACAAUGAUCUUAAAAACGGAACUGCGAUUAAGAAUCAACUCACUGAAACAUUCGGUGAAAAUGAUAGUUUGCAUCACGAUAUUUCUUCUCGAUUCGGAGAGUUUGGAGGUCAGUACGUUCCAGAAGCUUUGGCAUUCAUUUCGGCCAAGGAGGACCCAAGUUUUUGGGAAGAAUUUCGUUCAUAUUAUGAUUAUAUGGGUAGGGAGUCGCAACUCCAGUUUGCUGAUAGGUUAACGCAGGACACCGGUGGUGCGAGGAUCUGGUUGAAAAGAGAAGAUUUAAAUCACACAGGUUCACACAAGAUCAAUAAUGCGAUUGGUCAAGCUCUCCUUGCCAAGCGUAUAGGGAAGAAGAGGAUCAUCGCUGAAACCGGUGCUGGUCAACAUGGCGUUGCCACAGCAACCGUUUGCGCAAAAUUUGGGUUGGAGUGCAUAGUUUACAUGGGCAGCGAAGACGUUCGAAGACAAGCAUUAAAUGUAUUUAGGAUGAAGUUAUUGGGCGCCACAGUAAUUCCCGUAGACACUGGUAGCCAAACGUUGAAAGACGCCAUCAAUGAGGCCAUGCGAGACUGGGUAACCAAUGUACGCAAUACACAUUAUAUUGUGGGAUCGGCGAUAGGACCUCAUCCGUUUCCUACGAUCGUACGAGAAUUUCAAUCUGUAAUUGGAAAAGAGGCAAGAAGGCAGAUGUUGCAGAAAGCUGGUAAAUUACCAGAUGCAAUAAUCGCUUGUGUUGGAGGCGGUAGCAACUCUAUUGGAUUGUUUCAUUCGUUUAUUGAUGACAAAGAUGUCAAAAUCAUAGGUGUUGAAGCUGGUGGUGAAGGAACACCGGGGGUGUUACACGGGACCCGUACAUAUUUGCUACAAGAUGAUAAAGGUCAGAUUAAGGCGACGCACAGUAUAAGUGCUGGAUUGGAUUAUCCCGGUGUCGGCCCAGAACAUUCUUGGUUGAAGGACAUUGGUCGAGUUGAAUACUACGCCGUUACCGAUAAGGAGGCUCUGAUUGGCUUUAGAAAGUUGUCCGAGUUGGAAGGUAUCAUACCAGCUCUAGAAACAAGUCACGCCAUUUAUCAAGCAAUUGUGCUUGCUCAAAAAAUGCCCAAGGACAAAGAUAUUUUGAUAUGUGUUAGUGGUCGUGGAGAUAAGGAUGUUUCAACAGUGGCCGAACAUUUACCCAAAUAUGGUCCCCAAAUUGGAUGGGAUCUACGCUUCUAA